AUGAGGAACUUUGCAGAGACGAGGACGAACCGUCCCUACGUGACGAAGAAAGACAGCCUUUAUGACGCGCUGCCCAGGCAUCCCUGUGUGAUCAUGCCACAACACCCCUAUCCGGCCAAUACAUAUGCACGAGGAUACCACACGUCGGCGAGCGGAGCCCUGCUAAAGGGGGGCAUGCCAAAUGGGAGCCAAGCCAUUCCAACCGCCCAGAUAAACAACCUGACAGCGCUUAAGAUGGGAAGAAUGGGAAGUCACGAAACGGAUUGGGCGCGACGAAGUUGCGAUGGGGGUAGUCAAGCAAACCUCGCGAAGGGCUCGGCGUCUUUGCUGCAUCGGUAUGAAAAUGGGAAGCAAUGGCCAGAUGACAGAACGUUUGUGGACUCGUCAGGGGUGUACUUGUCACGGGUGGACUCCCCAAGGGUGAACUCGUCCGCCGCGCCCUCACCAGAGGUGUAUCAUUUGAGCGGGGAAGGGAAUCCCAUGGGGAAUCCCAUCGAGGGGAGGGGAAUUGGUCCGAGCGUACGAAGGGGAAAGCCCAGUGGGAGGAGCAUAAGCGAACUGACUAAUAAGAAUCAAGGGGCCCAGACGGUGACGGAAUCCCAUGCUGGGUGUUUCCCCCGAAUGAUGGAAAAAAUAUACACAGGGGAAAAGCACGGGGAAGACACCGGGAAGAUGAAGAUUCCCCCCCUUGCGGGAAUGGAGCACACCAAAGGGGCACCUUUAAUGAAUGGUAAUCUUGUGGCGUCUUCUCAACCGAAAAUACGUCGGGAGGUUUUUCCUCCCUGGUGGGGCCAAAGAACAGUGGGGAGUCCCUCAAGAGAGGCUUUCAAUUAUUACACUCUUCCAAAUGUCCGAUACGACAGGGUGGGACCUUCUGCACGAGGAAUGAUGGGGGUCGUUCUGGUUCCAGUCAAUGGAAGAACAAAAAAUGGCUCUACCAAAUGGGAUCAAAGUGGAAAGGAAGCAGGUGCAGGGCUUGUUAACAAGUGGAGCAGUGGUCGCCUGAGUAGAACCUCAGAGUAUAGCUAUAAAGAUGUUGACCCCCUUAUGUAUGGUGGCAUGGCCCAGGGGAGGUGCUACCCUGAUGAUGCCUCGGUGGAGAGCCUUCCGAGGAAUAUUUUUCCCUGGGGUAGUAACGAAGGGUUCCUUCCCGGAAGCGAUAGCAAUCACUGCGAGGUGGUGGCAGUAGGGGGGAGCAACUACGAGAGCGGUGCGCAAUGGUAUGGCCAAACGGCUGUUAGAAGGCUAUCUCAGGAGGGCCUCCAAAGGGGAGUUAUGCCCCAGUGGCACGAAGGAGGCUACUCAGAUGGGCUGGAGAAUCAGGAUUCGAUUCCCCCUGAGGGACAGGCGGUGCGCUCGUGGAGCAAGGACACCAAUGGGGUGACGGCUCCCGCCAAUGAAAAAGAUGCCUGUGAGGAGGAUGCGGACCGCUCCACCCAGUGCACCUACAACAAGAGCGACUUCACCCAGUGGGUCUCGCACAACAAAUUGGUGAAGAACAUCAUUUCGUCGCACAACGGGGAGGGUCACGUGGAGAGGUACGGGCUGUACAGUCUCCUUUUCGACGCCUACGGACACAACAAGGAGGCGUUCGGAAGACACUUCAAGAGAGAGCGCGACAGCAGCAUGGAUCAACUGAUUGGGCGAGUAGUACCCCAGAUAGAGAAAGGCACAGACAAAGAGGUAGACAAAGAAUCAGACAAAGACACCGAGAAAGACACACAGAAAAGCAACGGAAUUGUCGAGAAAAUCAUCUUCCUCAAGUUCUUAUUCAAUCAGUACGCACACACAGAAUACCCCAAUUUCAUUUCCUUCAAAUGUUUUAAGACCAUGUUUGAAUUUCACCGAAAUGUUUUUUCUUCGGAGAAGAUUAUCCUUUUUAUCUUUAACUGCCUAGAUAGAUGUAGAAGGUACUACGUUAGCGAGACGGAUUUCCUAAUCGGCAUGCUGGCUUGCAGUCCGCAGAUGGAAAACGACAUUACAAAAGACACAGGGAAGUUAAGACACCAGCUGAUCUUUAGGGCCUACGAUCUGGAUAGAGAUGGUUACUGGAGUAGAGAGGAGAUGUUCGUUUUCCUCUACCAUCUGUAUGAGCUAUCGAAAAAUCUGAAGCACAUGGCACUUAAGGGAAACAAGAAGAAGAUGAAGAAAUUUGUGGCUGUCGAGCGGGACAAACUGAUGAGGAAGUGUGAGAAGGUUAGCUACGAUCAUUUUUACCGCCUUGUGCUGAACAGGAAAGUUGAGGGGACGCAGAACCUCCUCAGAUCCAACUGCGACGUGGCCAAUGUAGUGAAGACGUACUUUCUGUGUACCUACGGGGGGGGAAGGAGCCCCCCCAUGUCGGUUGACGCAGAGGUUACGACUAAUUCAGCCAGUGUGCAGUUGAAUGGACCAAUCGACGGGGAGAAGUGUCAGCAAAGGGAAGAGAGUCUCGACCCUGCGGAGGGGACAAGCCAGGACGAAGAGGGUGUGGACCCCUUGGAUGGGACGCAGUUGAAAGGCUGCAACGUGCAUAAGUGCAGCUCUGCAGAAUUCAGUGGACAGUCUACCACGGGGGAUCCCAAUUCGGAGGAGGCCCGGCAUAUAAGCGCUACUUCAAUUAAGGGGGACGAUGACCCUGAGGAGUUAGUGCAGAGGGAAGCGGCGGAUUCCACGGGGAGUUCGAAGAAUAGAGAGGAAGAGAAAUCCGAGGAGCGAAUUGAGGAACAAUCAGGGGAAUCAUCAGGGGAACCAGCAGAGGAACCAUCAGAGGAACCAUCAGAGGAACAAUCGGAGAUUGCGGGGGAAGCGGUGGAGGAACCACCCUGUUGCGACUCGAAUGAGACCCCAAAGGGCAUCGACCUGAAUAGCGAGGAAAAAGGGGACAAGAAGGUUGACGAGGAAGAAAAAGACAAAAUGAAAGAGUGCGGCGUGUCAGGCAGUGAGGCGAAUGUCCAGCUAAUGGUCCCCCCCGGGGAGAGACCAGACAGGCCGAGCAGCAGCGAAAGCAUACCACAUUUCGGAGGAGGUCACGAGGAGGAGGGCGGCCAUAACGAGGAGCGCCCCCAUAAGGAAAAUCCCAUACACAAGGAGGAGAUGGCCAAGAAGGAGAAUCCAACUCAUGAGGAGCAGCGUGCCAGUCGCAUGACCCCCCAACGCAGUUGGAGAAGCUGCGUGGAAAAGAUUAAAGAAAUAGUUAAGGCGUACAGAAAGAAGUACCUAACGGACAGGACAAAAUUGUUUGGACUGAACCAGGACGUAGCAUUUAAGAUCUUCACGACCUUUUACAAAGUGAGUUACAAAAAGAAGAGAGAGAAGUACAAUGGGAAGUUCGACACCGUCUGCACAGCGGCGUGUAACUACAACGACAUCAUCCUUCUUUGUGAUGAAGCCGCGAAGGUGUUGAAGGGAGAGGAUUCAAUUGAGUACGUGGAUCUCCCAUGCAAGGUAUUUGGAGAUCUACAUGGGAACAUUUUCGAUCUGUUGGACUUUUUUAAUAUGUACAAUUGGCCUUUGCAUGGAGAAACGAACGAGUGGCUAACCGUGGAGGAGGUAGCCACGACAAAUGGAGUGUCUUCCUGGGGGGGGAAAGCAAAGGAGACUCUUCCAUACAUGGAUGGAAACGAUAAGGACGUGAAAUAUGUUUUCCUGGGAAAUUACAUAAAUAGGGGGAAGCAUUCACUAGAGGUCAUUUGUCUGCUGCUCAGUCUGAAGAUCCUUUUCCCAAAGCAUAUAUAUCUUCUGAGGGGGAACCAUGAGGAGAGGUUGUUUAACUAUGUUCAUGGGUUCUAUGCAGAUAUAGAGAACAAGAUGGAGAGAAAUAUCAAGACAACAGGAUUGAUAAGAUACCAGGGGGAAGUGAUACAAGCUCAUGCAUAUGAGCUAUUCAAUCGGAUUAAUGAUGUGCUGGAGUUCUUACCCCUCUCCGUGUUACUAGGUGGAAACAUCCUGUGUGUACAUGCAGGCAUCGGGGACAGCCUCUAUAGCGUAGAAGACUUUGCAGACGUGCACAAGCCGAUUGUCGUCCCGCAGUUUGUCGACAGGACGAGCAGUAGCAACGGUAACGGUAGCGAUAGCCGUAGCGGUAACUAUGAGCGUCUUCAGAAGAUCAUUAUCGACACCCUGUGGUCUGAUCCGAUUAAUUAUGACGAUGAACAAGACAUGCUCCUUUUGGAAAAAUUAAAACUAGGGGAGGACAUUAUCCCUUCCAGUCGAGGGAAGAUCACUCUCAAGUUUGGUCAGCGGAGAUUGUCUUCUUUUUUGAAGAACAACAAACUGAAGAUGGUCAUUAGAGGACAUGAGUGUGUGCAGGAGGGAUACAGAUACAGCUAUAGUCGGCGUCUACUCACUCUGUUCUCCGCCACCAAUUACUGCGGCAGAUACGGAAACGAUGCAGCCAACGCGUUCAUCGUUAAGAGGGGAAAGAGCAUCGUCAUUUUUAAUCAGAUUUUGAAGUGCCCCCGGGAAGGGCAGCUAGAGGGGACAGAUCAUGCAGAGGAGAGGGCGGAAAGGACAACUGGAACGCUGCAACAGCUGGAACCGCCGCACAUGGUGAACCGGAAUGCCCCCCCUGAUGGAACCUUCCCGAAAGGGCACGCUCCCCCCUACCCACAAGAGCCCCUCCACUGGGGGGACUUCCCCCACGAGGUAGGCCAACCGAAGCACGGCGCACUCCCGUUGAGAGGACACGGAAAAAUGAGCAGUGUAUGUUCCCCCUCAGAAGUGCCUCCCCUCACAGUGGAGAAUUGGAGAUCUAGUGAUCAAUUCUCCAGAGUUGACCAGAUUGGAGACGCUUCUCCCGAUCGUAUGGGAAGCCAACCGGACAUCACCAUGAGGGGAGCAGCAUACAGUGUUAGGACCCUCGGGGGGGAAGAAGAAGAAGAAGAGGAGGAGGAACAAACAGAGGAACUGUCAAGCAGGAGGAUGGAUGAGCAAGUUACCCCUUUUGACCCCAAUGAGAAGGAGUUCACAUCGGAUGGGGAUGCAGUGGAGAGGACCUUCUGCGACUCCGCUGUGGAGAAGAAAGACAAUCUUCAGAGCAACCAGAGCAACCUCCUCCUCAGGGAUAACCAUCCAAUUAUUAAAAGGAAAUUGCGGGACACGAGGAGCAAUGAGGACAUGAACUGGGGGGUAGCUGCGCAGUUGGAAAGGAGGGAAGGAGUGUCCAGUCGCUUCGUGUGCAACGGCCGCGAUGAUGAUCGUGAUGGCGACCCUGAUGGGGUCCAUUUCCUGAGCAGCUCGCGUAAUAGCAUGCGCGAUGACCAUUCGAAUGGAGACGCGAGAGAGGAUAACUGUGACCGGGAUCCACUAAGGAAGAGCAUCAGUGCGAAUGGGACCUUCUCAUCGGAAGAGAGCCUCUAUGGCGGGUGUUUACAUGGAAGCAGCGGGAGAAACUACACAAGUGAAAUGUUCUCCUCCAAACUGUCUCACUUCAAGGGUGAAGAUUCAGAGAAGGGUGGAAUCGAAGACAUUGAGAAGGCCCAAAACAGACAACAGCGCAAACCCCAUUUGAAGAGAGAUGCCCACUGGGAAGAGGAAUACCUUUACAACGAUUACGAACAUUGCUUAGACAAUCUCUCCCAGGGAGACGCUUUGAAGAAUCCCCCUUGUGAUGAGCCGGAUAGCAACGACGAACACCUGUGUGCAAGCGAAACGAAGCAAGAAAGUCGAGUCAGCACAAAUGCUAUCAUCGAGAAAUUUUUUCAAAAUAGAGCAACAAAUCAUGGAAGUGAUGAGCAUAUCUACAUUGACCAUUUGGAGGACAAAGAAAUGCAGAGGGGGGACGAUUUAAAUCAUUCCCAGUGUGCAAAGUUGACUCCCUUGUUCAAGCGAACGAAUGAUGUGAAUGUGCAGGGGGAAAACGAAGGAGCCGAGUGGGAGCAGAAUGGAAGUUGUGACACCCUGAUGAAUCAGAUGAUGAGUAAACCCAUGGAGUACAUGAUGAUGCCGCCUGACUUGGGUUUGGCUAAUCGGCCAAAGUUGCGACAGGAUACCCAUUCGAGCGAGCAGAAGGGGCACAACUCCGCCACCCUACGCAGUUUGCGAAGUUUGAGGAGUGAAAACAACACGAGGGAGUCGCUAAGCAAGCUACAAAUGCAGUUUUUGCCGCCUGACCCGAAGCCGCAGACAAAAAUUUCGCUGCAAAAAAUUAUGGACAAGUUGAAGGACGAUGCGUAG